CUGAGCAGCAGCAGCACAGAGCAAAAAAGUAAAACAAAAGAAAAAAAUUACAAGAUUGGGUGCGAUAUUCGAUUUUCGUUCGUUCUCCUGCUGCAUUUACACAUUUCGCGUUUAAGCCGUUGUCAUUAUACUCGUGCAGCGGAGCGCCCAGUCAUAGCACCCACAGUAGCAGCAGCCGCAGCCGCAGCAGCAGCAGCAGCAGUAAUCAGCAUUGCAUUCGCUUUCGCUCUGCAUGCACACAACCCCCACACCCCCCGCCCACACAGAGCAACGCCUUCGUCCCUGUGCCCAUUCAAGUGUUGUUCCUGCCAACCAGCCAACCAGCCAGUGUCCAGUGCCAGAUCGAACGAUUUCCCCGGAAUUCUGACUAAGCAGAGCGGCAGCCCCCACCCCUUACCCCUUACCACGCUCUGGAGCAUAUCCGCUUACAAACAACAAGCGACCCGAGGCUGGCUACCCGACCCAGGCAGGCCACAGGCAGUCAUCCACUGGCGUAAUUGUGGAAGGUGGAAGCAAUAGAGAUGCAGUAUAGGCCACCAUGGGUUCGCAGACCUUGGAGAUACUGCGCCAGGGCGUGUGGGCCUCACUGACCGGCGGCUACUUCUACGAUCCGCACCAGGGUGUCUUCUGCAACGUGGUCCACCUGUAUCUAUGGCUGUAUCUGGUCUGCUCGCCCUUCGUGGCGUAUUUGUAUUUCCCCAGCACUUGGCUGACAUGGUGCCUGUAUUGUGUCAUCACCAGUCUCACCGUUCUCAUGGUGAAGCUGGCCAACCUGGCGCUGCACCGCCUGUACGACCGUGCACAGACCAUGUCCGAGGUGAAUCUCAAGAGUCAGUUCUUCAAGGUAACCAAAGAGACGGAGCCGCGCCACGACGACGAGGGUGGCAUCGAGAUGAAGGUCAUGCGGCCGGGCGGCUCCCGCAUCUCCGUCGAGCAAGCCAUCAACGAGGCCAGCGAGGAGAACAGCAUCAUGUCCAUCGACAAUGGGAACAGCAUAAUUGAUCUCAAGGUCGACGUGCAUCGCAAGAACAGCUCCGAGUCCAUUGAGCUGAUGUUCUAUGCCCCCUCCAUGCUGUCCGGUGGCAGCCAGCAGGACCAGCAAUCGCUGGCGGGCUCCGCCAGCGUCACCAAAUCAAUCCGAAGCGCCAGCGCUGCGACCAAUGCCGCUGUGCAGGCCGAUCUCUUUAGCAAAUAUCUCACCGUCUAUCCGGAGGUGGUGGAGGCAGCGGCCGGCAGCAGCGCGGGCAGCGCCAGCAGCGGCAACGACAGCAGCAGCCAGCUGCCACGUUCCGUGGCCGUCACCGCACCCACCAGCAUACGCACGGGCCACCUCUCGCGCAAGUGCUCGGAGGUGUUCAGUCGUCGCCAUCGGCGCCGGCUGGAGCGCCAGAGCAGCCUGGAUGCAGCGGCAGCAGCCGCCACGUCGCUGGCCAGCAACCACGAUCACCGGCUGAUGCGCAACCAAUCGGACACGAUAGCCACGACGCCGGCCCAAUCGUUUCUGCACUCACAGCCCGGGGGCAAGGCGCGUGGCUCGGCCAGUUCGCGUCAGCAUUUCAUAGCCAGCACACCAGCGGGCUCUGGCGCCGCAGGAGACACAACUGCCGCUGGUGGCUCCUCCUCUGCUGUGGUGGUGAUUGCGCCCAGCUCCAAUCCCACGCCGGGCCGCUCGUCGCGCCUGCAGCGGCAUCGCAGCUCCGAGACGCACGAUGAGCGGCAGAAGCAUCAGAGCCAUCAGAGCCAUCGCGGCAGCCUGCUGCAGUCGAUACUCCAUCAUCCGCACCACCACCAGAAUGCAGCCAGCAGCAUUGGCGCUUUGGCUGUAAUCGGGGGGAAUAGUGGCCCAAACGAUGUGGAGGACAUGGAGCUGGGACUGGCGCGACACUCGGGCAGCGGCGGCGUGUCCGAUGCGUGCACGCGUGCCCUGCAGUCAUGGAUACUGGAUUCCUCGUCGGACGUUUACCUGGAGGACGAUAGUUACACCAAAUCGGAUCUGGGCAUUGAGCAGCCGCAUCUGCCGACAUUUCGCCGCUCGCAUCUGUACCAUGGCUACUAUCAUUAUCAUCAUUUGAAUCACCAUUUGGGCGGCGGUGGUCCCAUCAUACGCAAGGAUCCCACGAGCACCAUGUCCGCGCUGCAGCUGGCGCCGGAUCCAGCGCGAGGAAGUGGCGGCGGAGCUGCGGGCGGAUCUGGAGCUGGAGCUGCCGCUGCUGCUGCUGCUUCGGCUUCGGCUUCGGGGGGCAUCAAGGAGCGACGCAGACAUUCCAAUGCCGCCAGCUAUCAUCACAAGUACAGCGGACAAGCGUCGGCCUCCAAGUCCGCUCUGCUCGCGGGUGGAGCAGGCGCAGGCGCAGGAGCGGGUCCCUCCUCGGCAGGCGGAAGUGCCGCAGCAGCAGGACCCAGCUCCGGGGGCGUUCGGCGCAUCAAGAGCACCGCCCUGGAGGUGCUCUGCCAGCAGCCGUCGGUGUCCAAUUUGAGUCCGCACCCGAACAGCGUGGAGGCCAUCUCGGGGCAGCAGCAAAUGCGAAAUCCACUGCCACCGCCCAGCAAGAGUCUCGUGCGGAAUCAGCACCUGAAUCUGUACAGCUCCCAGGGCUAUGCGGAGGCGGCAGGAGGAGCAGCAGCAGCAACAGCAACAGCUGGACCCCCCGCAGGCGGCAGCACCUGCAGCAGCCUCUUCUUUGGCAGCUCCAGCGCCUGUGGCUCCACCACAGCGCUGCUGUCCAGCGAUGCGCCCGUCUAUCCCAUUGUGGAGCAUGCCGAGAACGCUGAGAGAAAUGGCAGCGAGGAGCAGCAGCACGUACUGGGACUGGGCCUGGGCCUGGGCCAUGGCCAUGGGAAUGCCGAAUGCGAUGACGAUGAGCUGGACGAUGUGCCCAUACGACGGCGCACGCGCGCUCUGGGCUGCAGCCAGACGCAUCGCAGCGCGGAGUCGGAUGUGGGCGGCAUCCUGGCGGACGACGACGAUGAUGUCUUCAAGGACUUCGACGAUAACCUGGAGCACAUACUCACGGAGCUGCAGCAGACGCACAGCCAGCUGGAUGAUCAUCUCAAGGGCUGUGACAUGACUGGCGCGCCGCAUCAUCACCCGCAGCACCACCACCACCACCAUCAUCAUCAUCACUUCCAGCGCAAGCUGCAGCCAGCGGAGGGACCCGCGGGAGCUGCCGCCGCCGCCGCCACUGCAGCUGCCGCUGCUGGCGACGAUGAUGAUGAGGAAACGGACAACAACACCGGCUCGAGGUCACCGCUGCUCAGCGAACGGAACCGGCAGCAGGCCACGCUGCGGGAGAUUGUCGCAGACAAAAUUCUACGCCAAGAGCUGAGCCAGCCUGCCGCUGCACCCCUGCCGCCCAUACGCAGCGAGGCGGACUCCGGCUGUCCCUCCAGCGACUGCGAGCAGGUGAGUGCCAGCUCGAAGGAUCAGCUGCUGGAGCAUCAGGCCGCGAGUGUCCUGCAGCUGGACGAGGAGCAGCCGUGCACCUCCAAGAUGGCAGCCAAGAGUCUGGGCGCCAUUCCGAAAGUCGUCAAGUAUCGGGAGGUGGAUGAGCUGCGACGACGCCGACACGUGGGCCUGAGCGCCGCGGAGCAGCAGGACGGCGGCGCGUGCAACGAGCUGGCGCUGGUCAAGGCCCAGUCCAAGCUGCAGGCGAGCCACGGCAACUCCCGCAACUCCUCCUCCUCGAACUCAACGCACAGCAUCAGCCUGACGGACAGCCUCACGGCGGACAUACACAAGAUGCUCUGGCUGAUGCACGGCGGCGCAGUGGACGAGCGCGGGCGACCCAUUGCUGGGAUCUCCUCGGACGGCACGCCCAUACCGGCCAGCAGCAGCCUCGUGCCGCCGAACAUGUCCAGCGCGCACUUUCAGUUCUACCAGGAUGCGAUCCAGGCGCUGCAGGGCACCUACCCGGCGGCCAGCUCCGUGGAGCACAUGACGCACAUUGAGCGGGCGCUGGCGCGGGACAAGCUCCGGCUCGACGCGAAGCUCAUGUGCGAGCAGCUGGCGGCCGCUGCUGAGGCCAACUCCCACUCGCACUCCCACACGCAGGUGACAAAUGGCACAGCCUCGGCGGGGAAUACGCUGGGCAUGCUCAUGGGUGGAUCUGGAGGUGGAGCUGGAGCUGGAGCUCCCUCCUCACGUCAUGCCUCCAGCGCUGCCUUCUCCGUGCAGGGACUAAUCAAUGUGAUACGCAGCGAUGCGCUGCAGCAGCUGCACGACGCCGUCGCCGCCAAUGCGAGUCUCCACGAAGCAGCCGCGCAGACAGCAGCCGGAGGAGGAGGUGGAGCGGCAGGAGGAGCAGCUGGCGGCAGUGGAGUGCUGCAGGCCCUGGGCCUGGCCAAUCAUCCCAGCAAUCAAAUCAGCCACAUCGGCGGCCACAUGAGCCAGCCCAUGCUGAAUGUCGAUGGGCACUUUGCGCCCUACUGCGACUACUGGCGGCCCGCGUGUCUGCUCUCCGCGGCGGAGAAGCCAGCGGCGCCCAAGAGCUUCUACAAGUACCGCUUCAACUGGUUCGGGCAAGAGCGCGAGUUCAAGAUUGCCAUGGAUCGGCUCGAGCUGCUGGCGCUCUUCGAUCGGGAUCUGCACUGGCUGCACGUGCUGCUGGCCAGUGUGCUGUGCACCCUGGUGGCCUGCCUGGGCGCUGCCAUCCUCCAGCACGACCACUACAAGGAUCUCUGCGCGCUGCUCUUCUGCUCGGUCAUCGCGGGCGCUCAGUAUUCGCUCGUGAAGAGCGUCCAGCCGGAUGCCGCCUCGCCCGUGCAUGGCUUCAACAAAACGGUGGCCUACUCGCGGGCCAUUUACUUUUGCCUGUGCGGUGGCCUGUUGCUGCUGCUCAAACGCCUCGACACGGACUAUGCCGCCCGACCGCCCGAGGCGCUGACCUUCUUUGGGGUGCAUUACUCGCCCGCCGAUCUGGUGGGCUUGCUGCUGCAGGCGCUGUACGUGCUGCUGCUCUGCUUCCCCAUCAUCUUCUCGGUGGGCUUGUGUCCGCAGAUCAACACCUUCCUCAUGUAUCUCCUCGAACAGAUCGACAUGCACGUCUUUGGUGGGAAUGCGGCGAGCAGUUUGCUGGGUUCAUUUCUGUGCAUUUUGCGCUCUGUUUUGGCCUUGAUGCUGCUGUAUGGACCGCUGUAUGGUGCGCUGGAUGAGCAGCGGGGCACGCAGUACAUUUUGUUCUCGAUAUUCUGCGCCAUGCUCAUCCCUUUGGGCUACCAUUUGUCGCGCUGUGCCAGCGAUUUUAGUCACCUGUGGCGCCUCAUCAAGACGUGCAUUGUGAGCACAUAUCGUGACGAUGACGACGAGGACAACGACGGGCAGGCGGAUGAGCUGAGUCAUGUACAAACGGCAGCGGCUGCAGCUGCCCCUGCACCCACCAUUCAGCUAGCCACCAGCACGCCCAAGCGCAAGCGGCAGCCUGCCAAGGAGCCGCUGCAGGAGCACAUAGAGCUGAGCACGCUCGACAAGCAGCAGCCGCAGGAGGAGGACCAGGAGCAGGAGCAGGAGCUGCAGAGCAAGUCGAAAGCCUCCUCGCUGGGCAGUAGCAGCAAGCGAGCCAUCACCGCCUCCAGCUCGUGCGCCUCGCUGGCAGUUGGCCAGGCGUCGGGGGAUGCAGAUGCAGAUGCAGAGGCAGAGGCUGACACGGCGGAGGGCCAGACACUGGAGUUGCAGCAGCAGCACGAGCACGAGUCAAAGUUGGAGGAGACUGAGACUGAGACGCCCGCAGACAUGGCCGCAGGCAGGGCGGCGGAGGGAGACGAUGCAGAGGAGCAGCAGCAGCAGCAAACGGAGGCCACCAGCGGCAGGAGCAGCAGCAGCAGCAGCGGCAGCGGCAGCGGCGGCAGCCACCGCAGCAACCGAAGCAACAGCAGCGGCAGUGCCAGCGCCACGGGCAGCAACAGCGGCAACGAUCUGCCCGAUCCGCUGCCCAGGAAGCUGCAGGCCACCGUGACAACCCGCCUGAAGAACGAUCUGGUGGUGAUGACGCUGCUGGGCGUCAGUGUGCUCGGACUGCACUGCAGCACGGUUUUCACGGUGCUCCAGCCGGACCUCAAUGUGGUCCUGUACGUGUUCAUUGGCGUGCUGGGCUUCCUGCUGCACUACGCCGUGCCGCAGAUGCGCAAGCACAUGCCGUGGCUGUGCUUUGCACGGCCCCUGCUGCGACAGCGCGAGUUCGGGCAGUUCGAGGUGACGAACGCGCCGAAGAUCAUGUGGUUCGAGAAGCUCUACAUCUACCUGAGUGUGAUCGAGCGGAAUGUGCUGUUCCCGCUGCUGGCCAUCUCGUCGUUGACCGCCGACUCGCAGCUGAUUGUGGCGAAGUUCGGCCUGCCCUGGGGCACGCUCAUCGUUGCCAUUUGUGCGCUCAAGUUUGUGCGAAACGCUUACUCGGAUCCAACCAAUCAAUACUUGAUCAUCAUCUUUACGGUGCUGCUGUUCCGCAUCGACUUCGCCAUGGCCACAGAGACCUUCAUCAUUGAUUACUUCUUCGUGUCGCUGGCCUUUCGCAAGUGCUGCGACUUCUUGCUCAAGCUUCAGUUUAUUGUCACCUACAUUGCACCCUGGCAGAUCACGUGGGGCUCCGCGUUCCAUGCCUUUGCGCAGCCCUUCAGUGUGCCCCACUCGGCCAUGCUGUUCCUGCAGGCGGGCAUCUCCGCGCUGCUCUCGACGCCGCUCAAUCCCUUUCUCGGCAGCGCCAUCUUCCUCACCUCGUACGUGCGUCCCAUCAAGUUCUGGGAGCGGGACUACAACACGCGCCGCAUCGACCACUCGAACACGCGCCUCAGCUCGCAGCUGGAGCGGGACCUGGGCGCUGAUGACAACAAUUUGAACAGCAUUUUCUACGAGCAUCUGACGCGCUCCCUGCAGCACUCCCUCUGCGGCGACUUGCUCAUGGGUCGAUGGGGAAAUGUGAAUCAAGGCGAUUGCUUUGUCCUCGCUUCGGAUGACCUCAACUGUUUGGUGCACAUCAUCGAGCUGGGCAAUGGCCUGUGCACGUUCCAGAUGCGCGGACUGGAGUUCCGCGGCACCUACUGCCAGCAGCGUGAGGUGGAGGCCAUCACGGAGGACGUGGAGGACAACGAUGGCUGCUGCUGCUGCGACCCGGGCCAUUUGCCGCGCCUGCUCAGCGCCAAUGCCAUGUUCUCCACCCGCUGGCUCGCCUGGCAAGUGGUCGCCGCGCAGUACGUCAUCGAGGGCUAUUCCAUAUCGGACAAUCUGGCCAGCGCCACGCUGCAGGUGUUUGAGUAUCGCAAGGUGCUGAUCACGUACUACAUCAAGAGCAUUAUCUACUAUGUGGUGAGGAAUCCCAAGCUGGAGCAGUGGCUCUCCUCGGGCCCCAUACAGGAUGCGCUGCAGCACACGCUCGGGCGGCAGUUUGUCGAUCUGGAUCCCGUUUUCAACUUCAAUCUGGAUGAGGACUUCGACUUUCGUGCCGUUGGCAUUACGCGCUCGAGCUUCUGUUACGUUUAUCUCAAGUGGAUCAAUUAUUGCGUGGAUAUGCGCCGGGAUGCAGCCUCAUCGAUGGCUGCGGCGCAGGCGGCAGCCACCCAACCCACCACACCAGCAGCAGCAGCAGCAGCGGGGCAGGCAGCGCCCCAAGCGAACUCCACGCCUGCCCACAAUGACUCCAAGAGCACGCCAAAUCUCUCUGCGCAUGGCGGCUCAGGGGGCACGGGCAGCGGCCAGUCCAAGUCGCAAUCGCAGCAGCAGCUGCGCAGCGGUGGCAGGAACCAAAAGAAUUCCACCACGCAGGAUGGUGGAGCAGCUGGAAUUGGAACUGGAGCCGGAACUGGAACCACGGCAAGUGCCGCCGCAGCAGCGGGCAUCGCUGCCGAACAGCUGAGCGGUUCGCACAGCUUUGCCAACAUUUCGCGUCAGACAUCGGAGAGUGCGCCCGGCCUGGGUGGCUACGUGACUUACAGAGACCAGAAUGUGUUUGUCAAGCUAGCCAAGACAACAACCACAGGCACGGGACUGCAGGGAGGAGGAGGAGCAGCAGCCGGAGCAGGCAAAACGCUGCGCAAGGAGGACUCCAUGACGGCAGAGAGGGAGCGGGCCGUGCCGCCGCUCAAGCUGAAGCUGGCCAGCGUGGGCAAGGAUGCGCCGCUGGUGUCGCUGUGCCUGGCGUUGGGCCUGCUGGCGCGUCGCUCCCUGGCCACCGCCUCGCACAGCUCCAUGUCGGGUGUGGAGUUCUUUCUGCACGGCUUGCACGCGCUCUUCAAGGGCGACUUUCGGAUCACAUCGCCGCGCGACGAAUGGGUCUUUGCGGACAUGGAACUGCUGCAUUCGGUGGUGGCGCCCGCAGUAAAAAUGGCCCUGAAACUCCAGCAGGAUCACAUAACGAACCCCGACGAGUUCCUCGAUCCGCACGCCCUGUACGACGCCAUCGACAACUGCUCCAAGGAGCUGGUCAUCUCGCACGAAGCGGAUCCCGUGUGGCGCAGCGCUGUGCUGCGUGGAGCGCCCAAUCUGCUCGCACUGCGCCACGUCAUGGAGGAUGGCUCCGAUGAGUAUCGCAUCAUCAGGCUGACAAAGCGCUUCCUCAGCUUCCGCGUGAUCAAACUGAAUCGGGAGUGCGUGCGCGGCCUGUGGGCGGGGCAGCAGCAGGAACUGAUUUACCUGCGCAAUCGGAAUCCGGAGCGUGGCAGCAUCCAGAACGCCAAGCAGGCGCUGCGGAAUAUCAUCAACUCGAGCUGCGAUCAGCCCAUCGGCUAUCCCAUUUACGUCUCCCCGCUGACCACCUCCUACGCGGACACCAACGCCCAGCUGUGCCAGAUCAUUGGCGGCGCCAUUACGCUGGAGACCAUACGCCAGACGGUGCUGGGCUGGUGGCAUCGCAUCCGCGAACGCUGCCGUCAGGGCUGCAGCUCCGGCUCGGCCCUCGAGCAGAACUCUGCACAGCAGCAGCAGCAGCAGGGAGGGAAUUCGCUUCCCUGCAACUUUGGCAGCGGCGGCAGCGUGGUGGGUGCCACAUCCACGGCCACUGCGGUGGGCGCCUCCACUGGCUCUGGUGUGGGUCUGGGCGUGGCUGCUGCGCCACCCGGCACUGCCAGCAGCACUGGCGGGGAGUCGGCGGAGCUGGCGCCCGUCUUCAUCUCUGCCCCGCUGUACAACACGCUCACCGUGAACAGCUACUACGGCGUCAGGUCGGGCAACGUGCCUGCCCACAACGGCAGCUACGUGAGCGACAGCCUGGCGGUGGUGCGCGGCGGCCUGGCCGUGAUGCCCGUCAAGCCCACAUCGACGACACUCAUUGCGGGGCUGCUGAAUCGGGAGCGGGAGCGAGAGCGGGACCAGGAGACGGUCACGGCCACGGCCUCGGCCACAGCAGCGGCCAGCACUUCCAGUCAAGGCUCCGCGAUGCGCGCCAGCAGCAGCAGCAGCAGCGGAAUGCGCGGCAGGAGCCUGCUCCAACAGGUGGCCACCAGCAGCAGCAGUCGAGGCAGGGAUCACGAGCGUAGGGCCACGCUGCCCAUAGCCAGUGGCGAGGCACUGGCGCCAGCAGGAGGCGCCUCCACCGCAUUGGAGGCCAACAAGGAACUGCUGGCCCUGCCACACACGGGCCAGCUGGAGCACGAGCAGAGUCCACGCAGCGGCGGCGGUAAGCUAUCCUCCUCCUCGGGCAGCCUGGGACUGGCCAUUGGCAACAUAAUCACGACCCCAGGCGACUAUCCACGCAAGACCAAGGGACCCAUUUGCCUGACAGCAGCACCGCUGACGAGUGGAGCGGAGCCGCCAGCAGUUGUGCCUGUGCCAGCAGCAGCCACAGCAGCAGCAGCAGCGCCAAUGGCUGGCUCGGGGCAGACCCGAAAGCCGCGCAUUGAAAUCUUCAAGAAGGUCAUCAUCGUGGAUGAAACGGGGAUCUACGACUGCUUGGAUGUGAUCGGUGCCGUUGUGUGGCCCAGCGAGCUGAUGCGCAACAAUGGCGGCCGCUUGUCCUGGAAGGACUGGGAGCCAAGCGCCGGCAUGGUCGGGCAUGUGGUCCACUGCUGGGCGCCCAACCACAAGGAUGUGCGCUUCCGCUCGCACGUCAAUCGCUGCGUCUAUCUCGUGGAGAUUGGGGAGCACUACGUGCCCGUGGAGGAGCUGGGACUGCGCGAAUAUAAUCAGAUCAUGAGCAGCUCCGACGAGAUGGCGAAUUCGCGGCGUAGCUCCAUCCAGCGAGAGUUUCACGAGUACAACAUGCAGCUGAAGCUCUCCGGGCUGACGCCCAUCAUCGGUGGACGUUCGACUGGAGGUGGAGCAGCUGGAGGAGCAGCCGCUUGCAAGGCCAAAAUCCGUGCCGUGAGCAGCAGCAGCUCUGAGGACGAGAGCACACCCUCGGCCUCCGCCGGUGCAGCCGCGGGGCCACACUCUGCCAUUGAUCUGAUGAACUUCAACACGCUGCUGAGCAUGUGGAAGCUGAUGGCGGACAAACGGAAGCUGGCAGCGGCUGCUGGCACUGGCACUGGCUCGGGCUCAGGCUCUGGCUCGGUCCCAGAUGCCUUCGAGGGCUUCGAUUAUGUUGGCGAGCUGUCGCCGGAGCUGCUGCAGAAGCUGGACGAGGCAGCCGCUGCACAGGAACAGCAGGAGGAGAAGAGCGAAGAGGAGGCGGCAGUGGAGGAGCACACUGACUUGGAGCUGAAUGUGCCGCCGGAACAGGUGGAACUGCAGCUGCAACUGGAGGAGGUGACUGUGGAGUGCACAGCGGAGGCGGAGGCAGAGGCAGAAGAACCGUCCAGUGGCGCUGCCUCCAGUCUGGGAGUGCCUGCCGCAACAGAAGAAAGCGAUGAAGAGGAGGCCGAAGCGGAAGCAGUAGAAGCGAAGAGUUGCGCCUCACAAAUGGAGGAAUCGGAGGAGAAGGAAGCAACGCAAACGGAGUCGGAGGCGGCACAAACAGAGUCGGAGGCGGCACUCACAGAGUCGGACACAAAGAGCGAUGAGAUGGAGUUGGAGUUGGACAAUGGAGAUGGGACAACAGUCUAAGGGACAAAGAAGGGAUCGACAGUUAAAAGGAUUUGCAUUUGUUUGCCAAGCAGACACACAGACGCUCCACGCUACGCCUACGCUUCAGCCUCCCUUAAUACAUAUCACAGAGAGAGAGAGAGAGACAAAGAGAGGGAGAGAGCGAGAGCGAGAGCGCGUGGAGUAGUCCCAGCCAGGAGCGAAAUCGAUGCGAGAACAAGUUGAGAAAGCAAAAAACACUUCCAAGAAAUCAAAGUUAAAUGUUUAUAAAACGACUGCGUUUAGUGUUAAAUUGUAUGUGUGGGUGAAUCGAGUGUAAAUAUUAACAUAAUAGAUAUUCUUCACAUUUGAUAAAUAUUUAAAGGAUAUAAAGGAUAUAGGACAUAGGACAGACAUCAAUAUUUGCAUGUGUAUAACCCCCACACCCCCCACAACCUAUUAUUACCAUUAUUAUAGAUAGAAAUAAUCCAUAGACUACCCUAUAGAUACAACUAGAUUUAGAUAUUACAAGGGAUAGAGCGAGGGACUCCCCCUGUAGCCCCCUGUGUGUGUGUGUAUAUAUACAAAAGGUUUGAUUAGCUUUUUCACCAACAACAUAACUCGAUUUAACCCCUUAGAUAUUGCUUAGGCUACAAAUUACAAACUAUAACUACAUGUUACAUAAAUAUGUACAUAAUAUGUACAUGUACAUGUUGCAUACACAAACAAAUUUACAAUAAUUAUGGAUUAUGAAUUAUUAAUUAGAAAUUGAACAAGAGGAAGGAAGAGAGAGAGGAUCAGCAGCAAUAAUUCUAAAGAAAUACCAACAAAAAUUACAAUUUUUAGUAUUACAAAAGGAAAACAUGUUUAAAAAAUAGAAUGUAAAACUUUACAUACAUACCUACUACAUACAUACAUAUAUAGCAAACAAAACAAAAGGGAAAAAAGCGAAAGAGGUGGAGACCGAGGCAGCUCUCCCUACCAUACCUGAAGCCCCGUAACUAAUUAAUUGUUAUAAAACAACAAAAAAACCAAAUGCUUCUCAUACAUUACAUUACAUACAAACAAUUGUAUGUAGUUUUUUUUUAUUAUUAUUAUUGUUCUUCCCUUGCUAGCCAAUAUAUUCUUCAAAACUAAACAAAGAAUUUAUAUACAUAUAUACAUACAUUAUACAUAAUGCAUACAUACAUUAUAUGUAGUUUAAACUUUAAUGUUAAAGAACCAACCGCAAAGCUUACCCAAAAUAGACAAAAGAUUUGUAAACAUCAAAAAAACAAACUAAGAAAAAACCACUGAGGAGCACAGUUUGAAGCUGAACAUGGAAGGAGCGAGUUCACACACAAACACGCACCCACACACACAACUCCUAGGUGUAAGUAAGCUUUGAUGGGACAAGGUUAAGGAUAAGAAGAAUGAAUGGUAGAGGGCCAGAGCCGUGCCAAGAAAUGUUUGCGCACCUUUUUAUAUUCAAAAAUUUAAUCAUUUCGCGUACAAAUCGAGCGCCCCUACCUUUGGGCGCACCUGCCAAAUGGCAACCCUUGGCACGGCCCUGGCUGGAGCAGUGAAGAAAGUGGAGAAUGGAGAAUGAAGAAAUAACGGACGAUGACGAUGACAUGUAAAAGCUCUCACGUUGCCUUAAUAUAUUAGACUGAUUUUUUCUACACACAAAAACAUACAUACAUAUGUAUGUAUGUAUGUAGUUAUGUAUAUAUGUGUGCGUGUGUGUGUGUGUGUGUGUGUGUGGUGUAAUGAAAAACCCUUGAAACGAUUCGCAAAAGAUUCUCCUCCCACGCUCCUUCCUCGGAGUCUGGCGCAUUAACUGCUGCUAGUAGCAACAGCUGUAUAUAAUAUAAUGACAAAGUACAUAACGUUCAUACAUAAUGCAUAGCAAACGGCAGGAGGCAACCCGAUGUUAGCCUGUAUUCAACAAUUGCAAAUUAUAAAAUUAAAUACUUAGCCAAUGGAAGAAAUGAAGCACACACACACUAUCGCAUCUGCCUGUGUGUGUGUGUGUACCUAUAUCUAUAUUACAUUAUAUUAAUAUUAUACAAAUAUCAUUAACUAUAGCGCAGAGCUUUGGGCACAGCAAAAACGAAUGGCAAAAAGAAAAAUUCCUAAAAGAAACCCAAACAGCCCCCACCACAAACUGAAGGAACCUGUAAAUAGCAAGAAGGAGGUGGAGUAGCAAAAGCGAACAAAGUGGAAGCGUUUGUCCAGCCAAAAACCAUAAACAAUUAGCCAAAUCUCACAACAACAAAACAGAAACAAAAACAAAAAUGAACACACAGAAAACAGUAAAUAACACUGUGCGACAAGUGGGAACUUUUUGCAUGUAUUUUGCACGAGAAAAAUAUUAAGCUGUAGGAAGUGAUUUACUCUUCGAGUCGUACAGCCUAAUUCUUGUCUCGGCCAAAGUACAAAAAGACUGUUGCACAGUGUAGUCGUUCAUGUGUGUGUUUGUGUAUUAAAUUUAGUCUUUAAUCAAGAAACAGAAAACAUUUAUACUCCCUACCCGCCCCAUUCCUCAC